AUGGCGGCGCGCUGCUUUUACAAGGGCGGUUUCAUGAGUGCCUUCAGCAGAGCCUGGCUCCGCUCGAGCGGUUGGAACGCUGCUACAGCCUACUUAGGCGUUACAACGCUUCGAGCCAUAGGACGUUCCUGGCUGCCCUUGGCUUGCUGGCCUGGGCUCUACAUCCUGGACUCCGUCGAGGCCUUCUACUUCUUCCUGGACCUUCCUCGAACCGACUCCUACUUGGAGCUGCUGUUCAUCUUGGACCUUCCGGACAUUGACAACCUCACCUUGGACGUUCUGGCCUUUGUCAGCUUCACCUUGGGGUUGCGGGACUUUGACAACAUCACCUUGGCCUUUCCGGACUUUGCCAUUAUCUCCUUGGACGUUCUUGUGUCCAACGACAUUCGAAAGAAUGACAACGGCAAAGAGCAGCAAAGAGCUAACUAUGCAAGGAAAGUGAGAUUGCAAUGGGAAAUGACCCCACCUCACAAACGAAAGAGGUUGGGACCUGACCUAGCCAGUCGUCUGACUGGAAGAGCCUGGUCGAUCAUUCCAGCGCUCGACCAUGAGAAGCUGGCGAAGAAGAAUGGGACAAAGUACUUGCUGAAGUUCCUUCAGCAGAGGCUUUGCCGUACGGCAGUGCCGGAUGCUGGAGCUCGACUUGAGGAUCUUUUGAUCCGCCUCAAGCGACCUCUUGGAAUGGCGAUGUCACAGUGGUCCAACGAGGUCAUGGAGGCUUACAGACGAGUUCAACGAGCUUUGAUUCGAGCCCGACAGCAACAAAAGCCCAAGGAGAUGGACGUCAAGACAGUGAAGACUGUCUCUGAACCACAAGGUGAACCUCCAAGCAGAGCUAUGUCACCGUUGAGACCUACGUCCUUGUCGAGACCUACGUCACCGACAAGCCCUACACGAUCUACGGCUGCUGAAGGUGGACUUCCUCCUGUUCAAGAAGCUGAUGAUGAUCGUGGACUCUAUCAACCUGUUCCUGGUGAUGAACCUGCAGAUGAAGAACCAGCGAGAGAAUGGACUGAUGAGGAAUGGCGACAAUGGAAGAAGCAGCAACAGAAAGAAUGGUAUGGAGACGACUCCAGCUCUGGAGAGGAUCAUCCAUGGGACGAGUUGGAGGUGGAAGACAUCCAGGUACUACCUGAUGAAGUACUUGGGUGGUUGUUGCUGAGAAGAGCUAACUUGAGUUCCUCAAGCAGGUUGGCUGUGCAAUCUUCGGUGAACAACUCUCUCAAGUUCCAGGACUUGGAGAUUGCUCUACGUGAUCAAGAAGAAGAGUUGUUGCAGGCCGACCAGGGUAGGUCUGCAGGACACCAGAAACGACGAACCUACUGGGUUGAAGAGCAGGGCAAUUGGGGUCUCCUCACCAUGAACUCCGAGGACGUGGCUGACGAGAUUGCGGAGAUCCAUUGGGUUGGCAACAAGCUGCCGGACGAGGUGUACGACCAUGGCAACAACCUUGAGGAGCCCUACGAAGACGAUGAGAUCUACUGGACCUGGGAAUCUGAUGGAUGGCAUGGUUAUCUUCAGGACAACUACGGCUGCUGGAUGGAGACUGAUGGACAAGGAGUUUACUGGUCUGCGGAUGAGGCCUACAUGGACUACACCCCGGAGGAGCAGAAAGAACUUGAUGAGGCAUACAUGGCCUAUGAGAACAAAGUGCGGACCUUCCAACAGAGCCGCCAACUUCAGAGAGCAAAGGGAGCCAGUCGAGGCUUCUAUCCCCUUCCCAUGCUUAAAGGAAAGAAAGGAAAAGGAAAAGGCAAGGGGAAGAAGGGCAGAGGACCCUACCACCAAGCUUCUACUUCGUCUUCAGCGACGACUACCAGCUCAAAGCCAUUGUUUGCAGCUCAAGGUAUGGACCGGAGCUCUACUACAAGUGGCACCGGCUGUUUCAUCUGUGGAGAACAUGGACAUGGAUUCAGAAAUUGUCCAAGACGUGGACAACAUUCAGCUGGUGGUGGCAAAGGAUCGAAGAAGGGCACGUUUUGGGUGGAGGCUUUGACUUCGUCUUCACUGUCCUUCGUUGGCAUGAUCUUCCACGUGGAGGAGACCAUCACCAACACUGCUGGAUUUGGCGUAUUGGACUUAGGCGCCACAGAGACAGUUGGGAGCUUGGAAGCGUUGGAAACCUUGAUGGCAUUGCGCUCUCAAGCUGCUGGACAAGCUGAACAAGUGGAGGUCUUCUAUGGCCCAUCUUCUCAAAAGCCGUUUCGCUUUGGGAAUGGUGGAGUGCAACUUUCAAGCAGCUAUGUGCUGAUCCCUCAGAAGCUGGGCGACCAAACAGUACUUCUUGGACUCUACACGAUCGACGCCGAGCAGGUGCCCAUCUUGCUGGGGAUGAAGACGCUUGUGAAGUUGGGGGCGGUGAUCGACGUUAGCGGACGUUGGAUGGUUCUAGCAAGUGUCUCACCGGAGGUGAAGAUCCCACUCGCCAAAAGUCGAGCAGGCCACCUUUUGGUCAAUUUGACUGAGGACUGGUUGACUCAAAGCCAGCCUUUGCAGGACGACAUGAAGUCUUCUGCGGCAUACAUGGUGCUGGGUGGUAAUGGGAGUGUAGUGUAG